CUCUCUGAUACAGAAGAAAGAAAGAAAGGAAAAAAAAGGGGUAGAAAUCUGGGGUAGAAAUUUCAAAUUUAAUCUGGGAUGGAGUUUGGUAUGGUUUCGAAGGACACAAGUUGGUGGUUUUUCACUCUCCCAGCAUUUCUUGGUUCUGAAACCCUACUCGAUGGCUACGCUAUUUUCGCUCUCUUCAUGGCCUUUCUGUCUUUCUCUCUCCUCACUUGGGCCUUCGCCCUCGGCGGCACUGCUUGGAAAAACGGCCGAAACCAAAGAGGCCCUGCCACCAUUCCGGGCCCUCGAGGCCUCCCCAUCUUCGGAAGCCUCUUCACUCUUAGCCGCGGCUUGGCUCACCGCUCUCUCUCUUCCAUGGCUCGCUCACUAGACGCCACUCAACUCAUGGCUUUCAGCCUCGGCUCCACUCUCGUCGUCGUCUCUUCCGACCCCCACAUCGCCCGUGAAAUCCUCACCUCCCCCCACUUCGCUGACCGUCCGAUCAAGCAGUCGGCUAAGAGCCUCAUGUUCAGCCGCGCCAUCGGCUUCGCCCCCAACGGCUCCUACUGGCGGCUUCUUAGGCGAAUCGCUUCGUCCCACCUCUUCGCUCCCCGGCGCAUAUCAGCCCACGAAGCAGGACGCCAGCUAGACUGCGCCGUCAUGUUGCGUAAUAUAGCAAACGACCAGUUACUAAACGGUAAAGUCACUUUAAGGAAGCAUUUGCAAGCUGCGGCUUUGAAUAACAUUAUGGGCAGUGUUUUUGGGAGACCUUUUGACGCGGCGCAUGAUAGCGCGGGACUCCAAGAGCUCAGGGACAUGGUAAGCGAAGGGUUUGAGCUCUUGGGUGCUUUUAACUGGUCUGAUUAUCUUCCAUGGCUCAGUUCUCUCUACGACCCGUUUCGUAUAAUCGAACGCUGUAACAAACUCGUUCCCCGAGUCCGAAAACUCGUCCGAGGCAUCAUUGAAGAACACAAACUCAGUGAGUCAACAAAGCUCUCCGAUAAUGCCGAUUUCGUCGAUGUUUUGCUCUCUCUGGAAGGUGAUGAGAAGCUAAACGAAGACGACAUGGUCGCUGUCUUGUGGGAAAUGAUAUUCAGAGGGACUGAUACGACAGCGUUGUUGACCGAGUGGGUCAUGGCUGAGUUGGUGCUGCACUGGGAAGUUCAAACCAAGCUUAGGAAGGAGCUAGAUUCUGCUGUGGGCGAGAACAGCAUAAUGGACGCUGACGUGGCCAAACUACCCUACCUACAGGCCGUGGUCAAGGAGACACUCAGGGUCCACCCACCGGGCCCACUGCUGUCGUGGGCCAGGCUGUCCACGUCAGACGUCCAGCUCAGCAACGGCAUGGUCAUACCUGCCAACACGACAGCGAUGGUCAACAUGUGGGCCAUCACGCAUGACUCGCACGUGUGGGAGGAUCCACACGUGUUCAAGCCGGAGAGGUUUUUGGUGAGUGAAGGGGGUGCUGACGUGGACGUGAGAGGCAGUGACCUGAGGAUAGCGCCAUUCGGGGCGGGUCGUCGGGUUUGCCCUGGAAAAAACCUUGGGCUGGUGACGGUGAACCUAUGGGUGGCUAAACUGGUGCACCACUUCCAGUGGGUCCGAGACGAGGCUAACCAAGUUGACCUGAGUGAGGUGUUGAAGCUGUCGUGUGAAAUGAAGCGUCCUCUGUCUGCUGUGGCUGUGCCCAGUACUAAAUAUUAAUGUCCUGUUUUAGGGUAUUUUUAGAUAAUAUGACGUUAUUAAUAUUUUAAUUUGAUAGGGUAUGGUCUAUAUGCUGUGGGGGUAUAGUUCUAUAUUCCUAUUGGGUUUUAUUUACUAUUUUUGUCGUCUUUGAUUAGGCAUGAGUUCGAGUUCAGGGAGGGCUGUGUUGGAAGGGUUUAACAGGGCCUCCCAAUUUUGGUGUGUAUGCAAUUUUUUGAACAUGCUGUUUUAUUAUUAUGUUUUCUAAA